UUCACGAUUCAGUAACACCUGAGGUUUCGUCGAGUAGUCAACUCUGAAGAGCUGCUGUUGAAAAGUUACAUGUAUCCACUAUUCAAUAUCUUGGGAUAUAGAGUGCAAGAUGUAUUACAGCAGUAAGCAGAGCAUCCAGCCAUGCAGUGUAACCUCAGUCGACACUGGCAACAUAAGGUGCCUGGAGCCUGGCUGCAACUUCAGAAUUCACAGACUCAAGCAGUUCCAACAUCACCUUACAACUGAACAUGACAUCCAAGUGAAAACUUGCACCAUGUACUUCCUAUCACUUGAUUCUUUCUACAAAUGGAAGGAAGAACAUGAAAGAAGUCAUGGUUUUGUCUUCAAUAUGCUCACGACGAAAGAUAAAGCAAAUCACGUCUACUAUUACUGCAACCUUGGGCGGAAAGUCAGGGAAGUCAAUGGCAAGAAAAGAAUGACUAAUCAAUGUCCCACGCGGCUGGUUCUCAACGUUAACAAGAAGACUGGUCAGGUUUACGUUGAUUUCAUUGAUGGUCAUUACGGUCAUCUGCCGCCUGUGCCUAAACCUGAGGCAACACCGGGACUAAGCAAGAAAGAAUGGAAUGAGUUCAAAGAGGUGAUGCGUUCAUUGGAUUUUGAUAAGGACUUAGUUCGGGAGUACUUGAUGAAAGCCGAUCUAAACCCAGUAAAAAGAGCUCUUUAUCAGAAUGAAUUUGAUAAGAAACGCUUCCAUGGAAUUUAUAGUUGGGCAGAAACUUUUACUGCCGAGUCUGCUGUCACUGAGUGGCAGAGACUAAUGCCUAAGAAAGAAAGCAAUGCCAUUAUCAUACACAAAAGGAAGGGAGAAAUCAUUACUGAUCGCAGAGCCGAGAAUAUUCAUCAUCGUUUUGAUAUGGAAGAUAUCCCUGUUGACACAUUCAUGCUGGGUGUGAUGACUGACAGACAAAGUGAGUUGUUGCGCCAUUACACCUCCACCAUAAUUCUUGAGCUCGUCCUGCCUCAAGAAAGUGAUCCUGCAGACAGCGUGAAGCAACUUUAUGUACUCGUCAUGGACCAAAUGGGCCGAGAGCUGCAAGUCGGCUUCUUCGUCGUCAGCUGUCCUAACACUGACACACGAGCUUUCAGAUCCUUCUUCUUAGCUGUGAAGGAGAAAUGCGGCAAUCUAAAACCGAACUUACUUCUUGUCAACGAGAGAACGUGUUUAUUCAAUUGUUGGAUGGAAGUUUUCACUGAUCAUGUCCCAGCUCAAUUACUUAGUCCAUGGUUUAUAAUAGCGGAGUUUGAAUCAGUUCUGUUCUCGACCAUGUUACCUGAGACUGUUUUGGAAGAAAUUGGUGAUGAGUUUGUUAGCCUUGUGAGAGAACUGGACUUUAAGACUUUCGAAGCAAAGCUUGCUCAACUGAUCAAAACGUUGAAUGUUUUGCCGGGAGCCUCAAAAGUUUUGGAUUACAUUUCAGAAACUCUGUUGCCUGGGAUUAACCACGACUCUUCUGUUCUCGAACAUCCUAAAUGGGCUCACCACUCAUUACCUGAGUUCAUAGAGGACAUUGCCUUGUCUUUCAUGACCUUCACUAAAGACAAACUCAAAGGCCUGCAUGGCUUUAACAAUCGCAAGUUGGGCCGAUGCGUAUUUCUGAUGAUCCAACGCCAAAGUCAACGUCGUCAUCUUAGAGAAAUCAACAAACAGACCAUAGCCGGUCCUAAUUCAAGACAGACUUCCGACCUCAAUGCUGAAGCAGAACAUGACCCUGCCUUCCAGGCUGCUCUAAAACAGGAACGGCAGAAUAAAAAGGAAAACCUCAAGAUAAAAUGCCGUGCGCUUACCGACUCUCUUGCUAAAGUACCUGCGGAAAAUUUGUUGACAGCAGGACGAGAAGUUCUGGAAGUAAUCAAGUCAAUACAUUUAUUCAAUAGAAAAAUGUCGACAACAUUCCAAGUGAAAGUGGCCGAAGACUUAUAUCGAAGUUUGGACCCGAGCUAUCAAAGCUCUUCUAGAGUUCACUCUACACUCCCCAAGCCUGCUCCCGUCAUUCCCUCCGUAAAGUCUGCACAACCUCAGCACAAUUCUUCGGUGCAAAACAAGCCACUUAUUUCCUCAAUAAAAUCUUCACUUCCUCAGCUUAAUUCAUCUACUCCAAAUCCACCUCUUACUGCUGUAAAUUCCUCACUUGUUCGGCCCUACUCUGCUGCACAAAAUAAGCCACUUAUUCCUAGCCGUAACUCUUUAGUAGUGAAACGCGUCCCGAACACCGGCCCCAUUUUCCUUUCCAGCCGCUCACGGCAUGACCGUCCUAACAAGAGGAUAAGACUCGACACUUCCAGAAGUCUUUCAGAUGAUGCUCAUUCCAUUAAUAACCUCACUGAACCUUAUCAUUUUACUUCGCAUCCCAACAAUGGUUCUUCCGUGGUGAAAGGAUCAAACUUUAGUCCAGUAGUGAGCUCGAUCAUUUCAAAUGAAGACUUACAUGGGAGAAGCUUUGGGACUGUACGCGUUUCUCUUCAUGACCUGCAUGUUCUGCAAAUACCAGAUGUGUCCGUAAACGGAGUUGUUGUUAAGGAAGAACCCGAGUGGCAUGGCAGCCAUCAAAAAGACUUUAACCGGACAGCGAUCUUGAGCUCAGUCUCAUCAGAUCAUCAUAGGUUAGCGCGACCUUCUAAAUUAAGAAGUUCAAGUUCUUCUCUACCAUUUAGAAGAAGAAUAACACCAAAUCGUGCCUCAUCAAAGGAAUACUCGAGGUCCAACUCGCGCUCCACUCUUCCAGACUCCGAUAUUGACUCAGAAGACUGCCCCGCCAUCAUAGUGAUCAAAAAUGAACAAGAUGAUGGAUGUGAUGUCCCCAGAGUACUGGAAAUCUGGUGAUCAGGAGUUCUGUUGAAGCGUCCUUCUUCAAAUUCACUCGCGUCCCGCAGUCUACAACUUCAGUCAUAGGCAAGCAGCGUUUGUUCUCAUGCACAACAGAGGCUCGCAUGAACAAUUCAACAUACAUUUUUAGUCGGUGCGAGCGGUGGUCAACAGAUGAUAGUUCCAUUUACCUGCUUGUUAUUUAGUGGUGAUUAUUUUUAGGUCUAUAGAAUUGACCUUUUGAGUACAGAUGAUUAAAAGUUGUAGUUUCAGAAUCCACCGCACUGCUUUACAGCUAUUUUGCUAUUGUUAAUUAUUAUUAUGAGAAGUCGUUGAUCGUCCACAAAAGUAUUAUAUAUUGCUCCAGUCAAUAAAAAUUCGUUCCUGAAGGAGAGGAAUGGUGCUUAGAGCAGCUUUGAAUAAUUUUUCUUGAAAUAAUUAAUGUACUUAGGAAUUUAUUUAUGUAAUUUAUAUUUGACGCUUGGAGACGACUCCGUUCGCUGACGUCCGGUGUGAACUUCAGCUAGAGCUACAGUUUGGGAGUGCUCUUGUGAAAUAAAAUAUACUGACACGUAGGCUGCAGGAGACUUUCAAAAUAUUUCUACAAAACUUUGAAGAAGAGGCGAUCGAAGAAAA